UACUCAUUCUUCGGCCCCUUCGCACUCGUAUCUUGCAAAGCUUCAUCACCGCCGACGCCCGCUCAGCUAAUCCAAUCAGCCAGGAGAAUGGGUUGGGGUGUGGUCGAGACUCCGGGUCAACCUUUCGCGCCAGGAACGGUGCUGCUCGAGGACAAGAAGAUACCCGACGAGAUCACAAUUGGCGAUGAUGGUCUCAAGAGGAAGCAGGGAGUCAUCCUGCAGCCGCAGCCCGACGACGACCCCAACGAUCCUUUGAUGUGGUCCACGGCAUGGAAAUUCGCCCACCUUUUUGUCAUUGUUUUUGGGUCUAGUGCCACCAACGCGAUCACCACAAUGGUCGUUCCCGGCAUCGCGCCACUCGUCGACAAGUUCAAGGUGACCGAGGGCGACAUAUCCAGCCUCAUCCUCACCGCGCCGACAUUCUUCACCAGCCUCGUGUCCUUCUUUGUCGUGUCAGGAUCCGAGAUCGUGGGCCGGAGGCCAUUUUACGUCAUCAGCAUCGCCGUCAUGGCCGCCGCCAACUUUGGCGGUUUCUUGGCCAAUACCUAUCCGGUCCUUGUCCUAACCCGAACCGUUGCCGGCCUUUUCUCUUCCGCCAUGUUCACCCUCGUCACAGCAACCAUCGCCGAUAUCUUUUAUGUACACCAGAGAGGCAGCGCCAUUGCUUUCUGGAACAUCGGGCUGACCGUGGGCGGACAGCUUGGCCAAAUCGUCGGAGGCGUGGUCACCGACAAACUUGGCAUCUCGGCCGUCUUCGGUCUCGCCGCUGUCGUCUUCGGCGCCCUCAUCCUCCCGACGUACUUUAUCGUCCUGGAGUCAGCCUACUUCAAGAGGGGCGACGCCAUCGGCUCGCGACAGCAGCAGGAAAAGAGCGAGGAUUUCGACGAGGUCGAGUACGCCAAGAGCCUGCCGGCUCGCAAGGAGCCCUACCUGGAGCGGUUGGGACUAUUCCGCGGCAAGAUGACGGACAAGGCGUUCUGGAUGGGCGUCGUGAAGCCGCUGUUCUUUCUCUCGUCGCCCAUCAUUGUCUACAGCGCUCUUCUCAAUAGCUUGGUCCUGGUCCUCAACUCUGGCGUCACGACCCUGAUGUCCAUCAUCCUCAGCGAGGCACCGUACAACCUGCAGCCCACCGACAUCGGACUCACCGGCCUGCCCCUGCUGGGCGUCUCCCUCAUAGGCGGGCCCCUCAUCGGCUGGGUGUCCGACUCGAGCGUGCGCUUCAUGGCCCGGUCCAACGGCUCAAAUCCGGGCGUCGCCGAGCCCGAGUUCCGCCUCGUCCUCCUGAUCAUCGGCCUCCCCAUCACCGCCGUCGGCCUCGUCGGCCUCGGGCUCGCCAUCCAGCAGGGCCAGCCGCUCCUCUGGUUGCUCGCCUGGCUCUCCGUCAUGGCCUUCGGCUCCGGCAUCGGCGUGCAGGUCGCCGUCGGCUACAUCAUCGACUACCUCCCUGCCCACUCGGCCCAGGCCUUCACGACCGUCAACAUGAUCGCAGCCCUCGUCGUCUUCGCCGGCACAACCCCGAUUAUCGACUGGCUUCAGGCUUCGGGUCCCGCCGUCGUCUUCUCGAGCCUUGCGGGGGUCGCCAUGGCCAACCUUGUCUUCUCCAUCCCACUCUACAUCUAUGGUAAAAGGAUCAGGACCUGGUAUGGGAGCACGCGGCUGUCGCAGUGGGUUCUCGACUAAGCGGGCGGCCGACCGGCAGGUCACCCGCACGAGGUGGGAAGCUAUCAGACAUAGGCAUGCAGUUUUCAAUCAGAAGAGACGCCGCGGUUGACGACUCGGAUAGGUUGGAGCAGCGGGCCCGGAAUUUUAUAAUCCUGACGUUGAAAAGAGCUUCGGGGCGCUGGCUACCUUUGCCUUGUUAGCAGGAUCUACUUAGUUAUCCCCGGGCUUCUGUCAAUACACUUCCUCGUCAGGCAAGUUUCUUAAUGAGCCUCUUUUGAUGUAGCUCGUAACAUGGUUUGAACGCUUUUAACUACGUAAUAUAUGUUGACCUGGUCGUUCCAAAUGGUGAAUUGCGUGGUGUGCUUUAAGUUUCUUUUUCCUUUGUUCCUUUUUUACAUGUUGAGAUUUUCUUUCAAUGAUUUACCUACCACACCCUGAAGAAACGAGUGACUGG